AUGCAGUCUGAGUGGAGUUCCCAAAAAAAGGGCGAAGACGACCAUCAAAUGAAACCCCCCGGGGGAAGUGCAGAAGAUUCCCCAUUACGCAAUCUUCACAUUGACAUUCCCAAGUCGCCAACCGUUGAGAAUCUUGAGAAAAACACACAAGAUACCAUUGAUGAAGUGGAUAAAAAAGGAGAAAAACAUCUAAAUGUGGAAAGUAAACCAAGGAUGCUUAGAGUAAGUCCGUUAAAUGCGUCUGACCUUAGUAGACAAAUGGCAGCAAUAGAGGCAAGUAAUAAGAUAUCUUCUCGUGCAUUUCUUAGUUCACAUGGUCUUAGAUUUUUAAGCAAUGUUAUGCAGUUGGAAGCCCAAAGAAAUGAAUGUUUUUCUGAAGAUCAUUCAAGAGAUUUAGGAAGUUUUCGUGCUUCUUCUAGAGACGAUCCACUGCAGAUGAUUCCUGGGCCUGACUUUUAUAGUGUUCCCCCUGAAGGGAGUAAUAAUAAUACUAAUAAUAAUAAUAACAAUAAAAAUAACAAUAAUAAUAACAAUAAUAAUAAUGGUAGUAAUGAAGCUUCAUAUCUUCCAGCAAAAAUAACUCCUGAAGGUUCUCCUUGCACACCCAUGACUCCAGGAGGAUUGCAUUGUGAAGACUCUGCAGAUCCAAGCUCCGGUACAUUGAGAGAAAUGCUACGUGAUGCUUCACAAGUCCAUGGUAUUCAACUAAAAUGGCUUUUAUGUAGCAUUAUUUUAGUCGUUGUAGUUAUAUUCCUUUUAUUGUUGGGCCAAGUUCAAAUUUUAGCAAAGAAUCAUAUAGUUUCAUCAGAGGAGGAAGUAGUAGCGAUGUCUGCUGCUGCUGCUGUAAAUCAAUUGGAAUGGUUACAACAAAGUAUUAGGCAUUUAAUGAGAUUCUUUCUCUUAACAGAAGAAGUUUCCAUGAAUAUUUCUACAAGUGUAAUUGUUAGCCAACUUUGUGCGUCUAUAGGAGGAGCACCGUUAGUACUUGCUUCAUAUAGCGACUUUAAUAAUUCUCUUUUAUGGUCUUAUAAAUGCCCUGCAGCAGUUUUUACUGAUGUUGAUCCUCCACAAACUUUGAAAUAUGACCGUGAACAAAUACCUGGAUCGUUACGUAUGGCAGUUUACCGUUCUAAAUAUCUUAUUGCUAUGUUGAAUCCUGAUGAUAAUGAUAAAACCUUUGUAGUGAUAUUACAAAAAGAACCGGUUGGACGUUUGCUUUUAGCAAAUUCUAUCCCAUCUUAUAGUUCAUCAGAGUUAAAACAUAGUUCAACUUCUCUUAUAUUACCAGAGUAUUCUUCUUCCCUAUUAGUGGUUGCUUUACACAGUUUAAAUAAUGAUUAUACAAAUUACAGUGUAACGCAGCCAACUAUACUAGGUCAGAGAUUACAUGGAAUGUUUAAUAAUAUAUGUUCUAAUGGAGAAACGUAUACUUGGCAUAUAGUAACAAGACCCCUAUUGAAUGAGUCAGUUGUAUUUGAAAAUGAGAUUAGUUACUCAUCAAAUAAAAUACCAAAUCCUUACGUUGAGUAUAGAGGAGUUUGGGGUGGAGUUUCACGUGUUUCAAUUUGUGGAAUUUUAUGUAGUGAUUCUAUUUCAGAUUAUUGUUCUCCUAGAAAUCCUAGUAAUAUACGAUUUGUUAUUGAUGAUUUGGCAUUAGUACGAGAUACAGAAAUUGCAUUAACAGCUGUUGGUGUGAUAAGUGUAGUAGCCAUUAUGUUGUUUUUAACUAUCAUAAUAGUAGCCUAUGCUAGUAUUAGUGUUCCCAUUCAACAUUUGAAUGCACUUAUUUUUGAUGCUGUUAGUGGGAAAAGAACAAAAACAAGACGGGAUCAUUUAAUUUUUCAAUACACACGAAGAUGUUGGCUUGGAGACUUACAGGCUUUAGUACGAACAUUUCAGGUACUUUUAUUCUGUUUCCAAUUAAACAAAAAAUAUGUACCUCAACAUAUUUUAGAACAACAAAUGCUUGAGUUACAAAAUUGCAGAGAUUUCUUAUGUCAUGUUAUUGUUGAAAAUAUGGAUGUAGAAGAGGAAGAAGAAGAGGAAGAAGAGGAUCCUUCAGAGAAUAAUCAAGAGAGUAUAGAAGCUUUUGUUCAUACCGUUUCCGCCGUAGAUCCCAAACAUGGUGUUAAUAUGUUAAGUGUAUUAGAUGCCUUUUCUUGGCCGCCUACAAAUAAAUCCAGACGAGAAAGUGCCACCAGCGGCUAUCACCCGGUGGAUGGAGAGGCGGGCGAGACGGGAUCUAAUCUUGGCAUGACGUACAACAUUGAGAUGAUCGGCCGCGGGAUGUCAACAGUGGAGGGCGGAACUAUUCUCGCCGUGCAUCUCUGCGCUAUUGAAAUGGCGUACUUCACGAACUACGGCGUGGCGGCAAAACAACAUCGACGUAUUAUGAGUCUUCUUCUUGGGCGAAUUCGACAUUAUCGUGGAGAGUUAUUUGAACGUUCCGGUGAUUGUAUAGCUGCUACUUGGAAUGCGUUUGAAAGUUGCGCCGAUCACGCCCAACGGGCGGCUUUAUGUGCUCUUAGUAUAGCGAAAUUAUUAUCUCCAUAUCGUCGGGCUGGUUUUCGUUUGGGCAUUGUGCUUCAUCAAGGGUCUUUUGUCUGCGGAGUUGUGGAGGAUAAUAAGGCGGCGUUUACAACGGUGUUUGGUACUGUGCCCCGUCAGGCGAUUGCAUUAGCAGAAUUGGCCGCCUCACUUCCUUGUUUUAGUGUUCUUGUAUCGGAACCGGUAAAACAGACGUUGUCUUCAUUGUAUGAAUGCAUAAUGGUAGAUGUAAUUAAAUACCACGAGGAUGAUAAUCCCAUUGUUAUGUUUGAAAUUAGUGAGGAACGUCGAUUUCCACAUGUAGAGGGUACACCAUUAUCACCUUCUGCUUUUGCAGAGGAACAUGCACGAGUGUUUUUUGACUUUAGAAAUCAUGACUUUGAACGCGCAUUAGCGCGUAUCGAUAAAUUACGACUACGUUUCCCAGAUACAGGAGUACAAUUAUUACGACGUAUUGAACUCCUUUGUAAAUAUUAUAUACAUCAUGAGGAUGAAUUACCACUUCCAUACUUUCGUCUUUAUCCUACUUGGCCAAAUUAUGAAGCCAUCGCAAGUGUGGAUACACCAGCUGAAAUGUUUGUUCAAGGAAGUAGAGAUGACCUUUUUGCUGAUAAUGCCCGUAUUACUUUAAGACCUUCAAAAUCUAUAUAUGAAGAUGAUACCGUUCGAUUUCGUCAAGAAUUAUAUGAUAAUGUUCUUGCUUCUAAACGAAUAAAUAGUUCAGGAGUUAACGUAAAGGCAUUAGAUAGUACCACCUUAAGAUCUGCAGCGACAAGUAAAAGGGAGAGUCCAUCUUGGAAUGCAACUCCAAGUAAUGCCCUACCAGAUCCACUCUCUCUUCCUAGAUCAUGUACGUUAGCGGGAACAAGUAGUCAAUCAACACCAGAAAAACGAGCCGAAUCCUCACAAGGAGCUGCGACAUCUGUAGAAUCAAGUACCUAUAGACGGGAAAAAGGUUUAAAUGAAAGUAGAAGUGGUGGUGAUGAAGCGGAAAUAACAGUAGAUUUAUUAACGGAAAAAAGUACGGAUGUGGGAGAUUCUAUGCCUUCUUUACGUACUCAAAGUGAAACGGUUGCUACUAGAGAAAGUGAAGCUGGAUCAAGAAGUGGACGUCAACGUUUUUCAUUUACUAAUCGUUUAGCAUCAGCUGUUUUUGAAGGUUGUAAUCGUAGUUUUUUUGGUGGAACAGAUUCUAUAGUUUCAUUUACUAGUGAAACUGCACCUAAUGUUGCUUCUAUUUCUCUUCGUGAUGCGGAUGGUAGUUUACCAAGAGUAACUUAUGAAUUACCAACAGAAUUUGUUGCAAAAAAUGGUAUUACCUAUUUACGUAGUUCACGUAUUCUUGGAAAAGGAUCAUUUGGUUGUGUUUAUCUUGGAAUGGAUGUUCAUAGUGGACGAAUGGUUGCUAUUAAGUUUCUCCCACUUCCAUCUGAAGAGGAAGAAGUCACUAAUGUGGAAACUGAAGUAGUGACGAUGCAGAAAGUUAAAAGUAGCCAUGUUGUGGAAUUUAUUUCCUACGCUUUUCAAAUUAAUCUUAUUAUUAUCGUUAUGGAAUGUAUGAUGGCAGGAUCUCUUCAAGGGAUGAUAUCGGCAUUCACUAGUAUACCUGCAGCGACGGCACGUUUAUUUAUUCGAGAUGUAUUACGUGGUUUGCACAAGUUACACUCCAUGGGUGUUAUCCAUCGUGAUGUGAAGCCGCAAAAUGUUCUCUUAACGCUUGCUGGCAAUUGCAAGAUAUCCGACUUUGGCGCCUCCGCCUUCUUACAGGAACUUGUGCGUAAACAAAUGGAGGGACACGGCCUUCAGGUGCAGGGAACACCUGUUUACUUGGCCCCAGAGGCGGCGAGAGGCACACCGGAGGAGAAGAGUGAUAUUUGGAGCUGCGGCAUUAUGUUUAUUCAAUUAGUGACGGGGGAGUUGCCGUACGCCAAGUCGUUUCUGCAGAUGCCGCCGCAAAUUCUUGUCUUUCAGAUUGGCAGCGGCGCGGCUGUGCCGAUUGUGCCGGAGGACCUCGACGUGUUUGAUGCGGAGUUUGUGCGGCACUGUCUGCAGGUGGACCCGAAGGCACGACUCUCCGCAAAGCAGUUGUUGGAACUCCCGCUGUUUUCCCUCUAG